AUGGCGGACACCUUAUCGGUAAUAAGCACGUCAUCACGUGGGGAAGUUAAUUCUUGCAAAAAUAUAUCAUUGGAGGCAGACACGCGUGAACGCGUGUACCAUUGCAUGGCGGGUGAGGGUUGUUUCACUGUCUACAUCGGCGUCUGUCAAUAUUCGCGGGAAGUGGCGUUGUCAUGGCGACGAGGGAGCGCUUCCUACAUGACGGUCGCUGCCCCCUGUGCACAAUGCGCCGCAGAGGGUCGGAGGGCGACUAGCGAAAGAGGCAUGUUGUCUGGGAUUUAUGCAAGGGCGUCCCUUGUGACGCACUGCAAAAAGCCCUGA